AUGCCUCCAAGAAGAAAUGAGAAAUACAGACUUCCUGUUCCACUUCCAGAAGGCACCAUUCUGGAUGAUAUGGAAGGAAAACAAUGGGUGCUGGGCAAGAUGAUUGGCUCUGGAGGAUUUGGAUUGAUAUAUUUAGCUUUCCCCACAAAUAAACCAGAUAAAGAUGCAAGACAUGUAAUAAAAGUGGAAUAUCAGGAAAAUGGCCCAUUAUUUUCAGAACUUAAAUUUUAUCAAAGAGCUGCAAAAAAGGACUAUAUCAAAAACUGGAUAGAACUCAAACAACUUGAUUAUUUAGGAAUUCCUAUGUUUUAUGGAUCCGGUAUUACUGAAUUCAAGGGAAGAAGUUACAGAUUUAUGGUAAUGGAAAGACUAGGAAUAGAUUUACAGAAGAUCUCAGACCAGAAUGGUACUUUUAAAAAGUCAACUGUCCUGCAGCUAGGUAUCCGAAUGUUGGAUGUUCUGGAAUACAUACAUGAAAAUGAAUAUGUUCAUGGUGAUAUAAAAGCAGCAAAUCUACUAUUAGGUUAUAGAAAUCCAGAUCGGGUUUAUCUUGCAGAUUAUGGACUUUGCUACAGAUAUUGUCCCAAUGGGAACCACAAACAGUAUCAAGAAAAUCCUAGAAAAGGCCAUAAUGGGACAAUAGAGUUUACCAGUGUGGAUGCCCACAAGGGAGUAGCCCUGUCCAGACGAAGUGACCUCGAAACCCUCGGCUACUGCCUGCUGCGGUGGUUAUGUGGGAGACUGCCCUGGGAGCGGAGCCUGCGGGACCCUGUGGCUGUUCAGACUGCUAAAACAAAUCUGUUGGAUGAGCUUCCUGAGUCAGUGCUUAAAUGGGCUCCUUCCGGAAGCAGUUGCUGUGAAAUAGCCCAGUAUUUGGUAUGUGCUCAUAAUUUAGCAUAUGAUGAAAAGCCAAACUAUCAAAUGCUCAAGAAAAUUCUGAACCCAGGUGGAACACCUUUAGGACCACUGGAAUUUUCCACUAAAGGAGACAGUGUGAAUGUGGAUACUCCAAACAAUCAAAAAGUUGUUUCUCAAAAGGCUGCAACAAAGCAAGUCAAUCAGAUGCAAAAUAGGUUAAUAGAAAAAAACAUCCGUGGUGAGAGAAGUGCUGAGUCCUGUUCAACCGGGAGAAAAGUGCAAACAGAGGAGCUGCUGACUAGAUUGCUUAACAGUGAAACAGCUCAGGAAAGCACAAAGAGAAGACAAAAGUACUGUGAGUCUCAAAUUCUGAAUGAAAGAAACAGUUCUCCACAAAAACGGAGCUCUAUACAGUUCCCAAAUUCACUUUACAAACCAUAUCAAGAUUUUAUCAGUCCGUAUAUACUCGACAAUUCAAGAUCUUCAUCUUGGUAUACAUAUACUUCUCCAACCGGAAUGGAGGUCAGAGACUCUACUCUCAAUGAAGAGACAGUUACUGACGUGUAUUAUUAUGGCUUUAUCGUUCUUUUUCUUUUGAUUUUAGUAGGUCUUACUUUAUACUUUCUCUGAAGAUAUCAAAUAAAAUCCUUUUGA